AUGAGACGGUUUUUACACGUCCUGGCUGGUUGCCUUCUCCACCCCCUACUAGCAUCUGCGAAAGCAGACGCGAGGUACAAUGCAUCUGUUCCAUUCCGACCGAGCAAUAUCACCGGACUAAGUGAUAAUUACCUUUGGGUUGGCUCGUAUUACAAUGCCACAACAAAAAUCGAGUUCACCCCCGAGAUCGGACCAUCUCCAAACCAAUCCGUGUGCAAACCGCUCCGAGGCCAAACAUUCAGCACGGAGUACGAAUCAUUUCUCGCUAUAACAGAAAGGGGGCCAUACAAUCUAGGGUCAAACCCAAUGAAUGCUCUCUUGACGCUGUUUGAUACCGGUGCAAAUCUUUCAUCGCUCUCCGGUGCCUCGUUCCCAUGGGACUCACCUUCCCUUCAAUGGUAUAUCGAGUCUUCGCCCUGGGUAGAUUUUGCGAGCAACAGCUCGACAGAAAGCGACGGAGCCACCGAUUAUUUCGUCAAAGAUGUCUUCAACUUGACUUUAUCGCCUGGUGACAAGAAGGCUCCAUACAACCUGACAGGCAUCAUCAAGGAUGCAGAUUUAAUUCUGCGUAGUUUCGAUAUGGAUCUCAAAUCAUGCGACACCUCCAGUGAAAGCAGUCAAAAUAGCAUAACCCUUGUUGAUCGUGACUACUCGAACGAUGCUGGUUGGAACUGGACAUAUCCCGCCAUUGAACUCCAGUUUGGCAGCGAAACAGCAAACUUCACUUUGAAUGGAUAUGCCACUGCCUUUCCGUAUUAUAUCAACAGAGCCGAUUCCUCGAAAUCGCUAGGCCCAAACGAAGUACAGGGGACCAUCAAGGUUUCUUUCUCUGGUGUCAUCGAUCCCUAUCACUCUGAUAUCCUGGUCAACACGAGCACGGGCUGUUCAGGGAUCAUUUGA